AUGGCCUCGCUAAGCAGUUGGGAGAAGCACGAUAUUCUGCGCUGUGAGCGAUUUCUGAAAAGAAUUGAAGGCUGGGCUGACCCCACCUGGGGUUUUUAUGUCUAUGGCACCUACACACGCCCACAAACGCAAAAGGAUCUAGACAAGGGGAAUGAUGAGGCCAAACCCCAGGAGAUAUCGGUAGACAGCGAACACUUCUAG